CGUCCCUCCCCCAAAAAGGCGGAGCGUCAGACUAGUCGAGAAAAUGUCAACAACAUGCCGGAGCCCACCCGAGAAACAGAAACAGAGGAGGUUGUGAGUGACAGGCGACGGAGACGGGAAGAAAACCAGAACCAGCCGUCACGUAACGUCGUGUCCGUAGUUUCUCAAUUCGCAGACGAGAAUUUGUCGCUCGUGCGGAACAUUAGCACUGGACUGGCUCUCGCUGGUGUGAUAGUGAUCGCGAGGAGCAUCAAACUGAUCACAAAAUUCCAAGCUGCUUGUGAUAUUCCCGCUCGUUUCAUUGAGAGGAAUGUCAGUCUUCGUGGGAAAGUUCAUUCCAUCACAGAGAAAGGAAUCGAAGUGGAGCACGUUCCGAUUUAUCUACCUGUUCUCUCUCCAUUACUGUCAAAUCACAAGGUUACAGACUUUUGGCCCUGUUUUGGCCUGGUGGGCAUGGCUACACAGAGAGGGGCGGGGAAUCAUGAGUGACAGCAGGACGCUGGAGGCUGAAGACGGCCCAUUUUUCAUGUUGCCUUCAGGAAACCUGGGAAUAAACACAAUUUAUCAAACAC